AAUAAGACAAAUAAGAUUUACUCCUCUUAGAUCUAGAUCAACCAUUGUCGACAGGCACAACUAUUUUCUAGACUGAGACUAGACUAGAUCUCUGUAAGUUAAGCUAAUGGAAGAUAUGUCUAAUUGUUCUUCUGAUGAAGAAAAUGAUGAGGGCUUUGUAUUGGAUGAUAACUUACCAACAACGUUUAGCAGCACAGAUGAUGAUAUUGAUGGCUUUAUAAAGUCUUUGAAGGAAAAGUUUCAAAAGAUCAAAUAUUUCUUUGGCUCAUCCCCCAAGUAUGAAACAAUGGAUGUUUCAGGAAGUAUGUCACAGGAUUUGAAUCCAAAAAAUGAAAAUUUGGCAACAAAUGUGACUUGUGCAGGAGAUUCAGACAAUGACAAAUACAGCUUUGAUCAUUGUCACAGAGGGUUGGCACUGAUAAUCAACAAUGAGCUAUUCAAAGAUCAAAAAAAAGUUUACUCUGACCGGCCUGGCUCUUCAGAAGAUGCUAAAUCACUUGUAAAGACAUUUAAACAUUUAGGAUUUCAUGUUUUCCUACAAGAAAACUUAACUGCUUUGAAGAUGUUAAAAGUACUUCACUCAGUUUCCAGAGAUUACAAUCACAGUCUAGCAGAUUGUUUUGUUUGUAUCAUAUUGUCACAUGGACAUCAGAUUGUGAAAGUUUUUACAGAGCCACACCAAGAGACUAUUGUACAUGAAGAUGUUGUGGUGGGGGUAGAUGGGAAAGCUGUGGCUACAAAGAAAGUAUUGGAGUACUUCAAUGAUCAGACUUGUCCUAACCUACAGGGAAAACCUAGACUGUUUUUCUUUCAGGCAUGCAGAGGUUCAAAGGUAGAUGAUGGUGUGAACAUUGAUGUAGAGAAAACUAGUAAAAAGAAUGUUAAAAAGAGAACAUAUGUAGACAUGGCUGAUGUUACUGAUCAGACUUCUAGUAGCCUGGAGGAUAUGGAUGACACCUCAUCAUCUGAUGCUGUUAAGGAUAAUGUAAUGUAUGACCAGACUGAUGCUAAAUCUCAAAGAAAAUCCCCUUUAAAUAGAAUUACAAUUGAAAACCCUGCACCACUGCAUAAAGAUUUUCUUGUGAUGUAUGCAACUCCCCCUGGCUACUACUCUUGGAGAAGAGCUGAAGGUACUUGGUUUAUCCAGUCUUUGUGUAAAGUUUUGAAUAGACGAGAAAUACGUCAAAUGUCAUUAAUCAAAGCACUUGUUCAAGUCAGCAAUCUUGUGGCAGUGUAUUAUGAAUCUAAUGUCCCUAAAGAUGAUCUUAUGCAUAAAAAAAAGGAAAUGCCAGUCAUUCAAUCCAUGCUGGUCAAAGAUGUCAUUUUCAGCAAGAAGAAAAAAAAAGGCAAAGAAAUGUUAUUGAUCAAGUAAUGUUGUGAUAUUGUCGAAGUUAAAAAAUACCUUUUGUUAAAGUUUGUUAUUACAUGUUAACAUUUUAUGGUUGUCAUUAUAAAUGAAACUAAUUUGAUGAUCUUUAAAUACCAGAUGUUUGUAUAACAAAGAGUAUUAGAAGCAACAUUUUGAAUGGUCUCUUCUUUUAUGUGCUCAAAACAUGCUUUUUUUUUAUAACUUGUUCUGGUAUCUCUUACAAUGGGUAAACACUUCACAGAACUAAGAGAGUGAGAUUGAAAGGUGUUAUGGUACAAUUAGGAAUUAAUUAUUUGUUUCGGAAGUAGGGGGAAGUUUUAACUUCAUAACAAUGACGUGAUAUAUCUUUUAAAAAGAAGAACGAAAUAGGAGUUGACAUAAACAAGACGCUUUCAUAACAAUGUAGCAGUAAGAAGCAUUUUAUAAACGGCUAGAAGUAGAUGACAUUUGACGGUUCCCUUCAUGGUUAUUAAACGUGUUUGAUGUUCAACACCAGAGUCAACUACCUAGAUUGAUUUUUCGGCCUUUCGCUAGUGUUAUUGGUUUCAUUCAGUGUUACCUCCAUUUGGAUUUGUUUGCAUUCGACACCGUGGAAGUGCCUAAUAAAGGCUUAUUUUAUUUCUAUAACACUGUUUUCUUUCUCUCCAUUUAUGUUAUUCUAUAUGGCUAUAUUGCUAUACUACCAUGGGACCUUUAUUUAUAAUUAUAUCACUGAAGUUAUUAUGAUAAAAAUGUUCCUUUUCAGUGAGUGUUACACAUAAUUACAUCACUUUUGGAAAUGUUUAUAUACUUUUAAACAAAAUCCAUGAAUGCACAAUUUGAGAAAUUGUUAGUGUGAAUAGUUAUUUGAAUCACAUGUAUAUAAGUAUUUAAAUUCUUUUUUCAAACUUUUCAAUAUUUUUGUUGGAUAGGGUUUGGACCUAAUGCAAAAAUCCCUUCUGAAUUCUAACCCAACAUCACGCAAAAUAUCACUAUUAUAAUCUAUUAACAUAAAUAAGCAAUAAAGUCUGCUGGGCUUUGGAGAUUAUAUUAGAUAUUAUUCUUGGAAUCUUACUUUUUUAAAUUUACAAAUCUGUAUUUCUUUGUGAUGCUCUUACUUUUGAAAUGAAAUGCUUUUCUUUGCUGCAUAUAAUAAUUUGAUUUACGAAUGAUAAAAUGAAAAGUAUUGUUGGAAUCUAGGAUGGCUGCCUGGUCAUGAGAUAUGUGCUCUGGACUUUUGUUCGGUAUUCAAAACCCUGCCAGUUGCCAUUCCCCAUCAUUCUGCUGGAUUGUUGGGCUAGGAUGUAAUUAUUUCAAAUUUGAAGGAACAUCCAAAACAUGUAAAACAUUUUACAAACCAUUUUUUUUUAAUUAAAUUUUUCUUUGUGACGUAGAUCAACUAAUGUUGAGAUGAUAUUCUUUAUCUAUAACUAGGAAUAAAAAGUUACAUUUAAUCAGAGCUAAAAAAAAAUAUUUUACUAUCUCUCUAGCGUUGGCAGCAUUGCAUUCUGUAUAUUUUUUUGUUUUUUUUGUGCAAUAAGUUUUAUGUUUGUUUGUUGUUGUUGUUUUAUGCUCAAACAUUCCUUGGGAUUUUAGUGAUAUUAUUUUUUUAACUUGUUGAUUUAUAUUCAUGUUUAAAUAAAUACAAAUACAUAUACAUUGUUUUUCAUCA